AUGUUAUUGAACCCUGCAACUUUAUUACUAUUGGCAUCAAGUGUUUCUGCUAAAGUUCUCAAGUUUGAUUUGGGAGCUAAAUCUCUUGAGAAAAGAUCAUUAAAUGAAACCCACAAGUUAACAGGUCUUUCAAAUAUCUUUGAAGGCUCAUUUGACGUUGGUACCCCUGGUCAAGAAAUCCAUGCUAUUUUUGAUACCGGUUCAUAUACUUUAGGUGUUAUGUGGUCAGGUAAUGAAUAUUGUGAUAAAAAUUCAUGUACUAAAGGUGAAUAUGAUCCAUCCAAAUCUUCAACUUCAGAUAAUACAACAAAAAGAUAUCCAACCGUCGGAUUUGCUGAUGGUUCUACAGGUGAUGGUCAUUAUUUUACUGAUAAUGUGACUAUUGCUGGUGCCAAUCUUCAUGAUUUCAAAUUUAAUUUGAUAGAGUCCUCAACUUCAGAACUUAAUACAUUCGGUAUAGGUCCUGAUCCUAUCAACGAAGGUGCUCCUAUUCUAUUGAACUAUAUGACUGAUCAAAGCUUGAUAAAAAGAAAAGUUUUCUCCUCAUACUAUUCAGAAAAAACAGAUAAGGCUGUUUUACUUUUUGGUGGUUUAGACAAAGAGCGUUAUUCUGGUCAAUUACAGAAACUUACCUCAAAUGAUGCAUAUAAUUAUAAGGUCGCAUUAAAUGGUCUAUCAACUGAAUGUGGUACUUUAAACGGAAAUGGUUAUAUUUACCAACUUGAUACAGGUGCUGGUUUUGGUGCUGCAUUCCCAGAUGUUAUCUAUCAUAGACUUAACCAGUUAUAUGGCGGUGCAGUGGUUGAUUCUUCAGUAUACAAAGGUCCUAAUGAUUAUGACGAUAGUUUCUAUGCUUUCAAAUGUCAAAAUGCUAAACCACUUGUUCUUGAUUUACAAGGAAAAAAAGUAACUUGGUCCGCUAGAAGUCAAAUUCUUCCACUUACUAGUAACGGUCAAAAGGUUUUAGAUCAAGAUGGUGAUCAGUUAUGUACAUCCUAUAUGAUUAAUACAGGUAAUGACACAAGCCUUCUUACUCUUGGUGCAGCUUUCUUGAAAGAUAUGUUUGUCGUGUGGGAUGGAGAAAACACUGAAGUUUCUAUUGCUCAAGGUAAACAAAGUGACAGUGAAGAUAUCAUUGAAAUUACAGGUGAUGUUCCAGAUGCUGUUAAUGCUCCAGAUUACGGAGAUUUUGAUAACCUUAGAUCAGAUGACAAUUCAUUCAAUCAACCUUCAACUACUUCAUUAAGUUAUUCAGCAUUCACCGCAACUGGCACUUAUUAUGGUACUUUUGCCACUGAUUCAUGUGAUUCCACCACCACUUUAUCAAGCUCUGCUUCAAGUGCUACUGCUUCUUCAUCUGCUGAUGUCUCAUCAUCAUCUGGCUCUUCAGCGAGGCUUACCACGCCAAGCUCAUCAUUAGCCAGUUCAAGCAUCCCAUCUUCAGUUUCCUCUUCAGUUUCCUCAUCAUCAAUCAAUCCAACAACACCUAUUGAAAAACAAGUCGAUAACAACUCAUCAUUGAAUUCAUCUCAAGUCAGUUCAUCUGUCUCAGAUGGUCAAACAACCAUUUAUAGUUCAUCAUACUCAUCAAUUUCUUCAGCUACUUGUGUUUCUUGUGCUUAUAAAAAUUUGAAAAAUGUUACAUCAACUGCAAUUGAAUCUGAAAAUCAUACUGUUUUGAAAACCAUUACUUCAUGUUCUGACAACAAAUGUUCAGAAAUUAUUACCACUAUUGAACCAUCAACCACAGAAUCUGCUACCCCACCAUCUACUUCAUUAUCUUCAAUCAUUUCAACCACUUCUGGUUCUGCUUCUGGCUCUGCAUCUAGUGCUUCUUCAGAAGGUUCUAUACCAUCAUCAUCAAAUUCACCAGUUGAAACUGGAUCUUCAACCACAUCAUUACCAUCUGAUACUCCAGCUGGCUCAGAAUCACAAUCAAACGUUGAAAGUAAAACAACAGUUUCAUCAACCACUGAAUCAUCAUCACCAGCUUCAGAAUCAUCAAAAGAAUCACCAAAAGAAUCAACUGAAUCAAAACCAUCCAUUGAAGGUUCAUCAUCAUCAUCAACUGCUAAUCCUUCAUUAGCACCAAAAUCAUCUUCAGCUCUAUCAUCCUCAUCAUCCUCAUCAUCCACUUCAGCUGCUUCAUUAACUCCGGCUAUUUCAACUUAUGAAGGUUCUUCAAACAGUUUAUCAGCUCCAUUUAUCUUUAAAUUGAUUUCAAAUCUAUUGUGA